ACUCUGAAACACUUCAUCUCUUCUCCCUGGAUCUCACUCUCUAGGGUUUUUCUCCAUCUCGUCUCCUUGAAGCUCCAUCAAUGGGAGCGAUCAAGGCCGAUCCAUCCUCCAAAGCCCCGAUCGCCUCCUCUCCCUACUCCUUCUUCCCCUUCCUUAAAGCCCUACGCUUGAAGACCAAGCAGCAGGAGCUCCUCCUCCGUGCCUCCGCGCUAUGCCUCAUCUACGUCCUCGCCUUCGCCAUCCGCCUAUUCUCAGUACUCCGCUACGAAUCCAUGAUUCACGAAUUCGAUCCCUACUUCAAUUACCGCACCACCCUCUUCCUCACUCGCAAUGGCGCUCUCGAAUUCUGGAAUUGGUUUGAUUCUGAGUCUUGGUACCCUCUCGGUCGGAUCAUUGGCGGCACACUUUUCCCUGGCCUCAUGGUCACCGCCGCCGCGAUCUAUAAGACCCUGCAUUUCCUCCGAUUCGCUGUACAUAUCCGUGAGGUUUGCGUGCUUACUGCCCCCUUCUUCGCUUCCAACACUGCUAUCGUUGCGUAUUUCUUUGGCAAAGAGGUUUGGGACUCCGGCGCUGGGCUGGUUGCCGCUGCUUUGAUCGCCAUCUGCCCCGGUUACAUCUCCCGCUCCGUCGCUGGGUCGUAUGACAAUGAGGGAGUCGCAAUCUUUGCCCUUUUGUUGACUUUCUAUCUGUUUGUGAAAGCUGUGAACACGGGAUCGUUGGCCUGGGCGUUGGCAUCGGCUUUUGGGUACUUCUAUAUGGUGUCAGCUUGGGGAGGCUAUGUUUUCAUUAUCAAUCUCCUGCCGCUCUAUGCUCUGGUGCUUCUGGUGACGGGAAGGUAUUCGAUGAGACUCUAUGUGGCGUAUAAUUGUAUGUAUGUGCUUGGGAUGUUGCUGGCGAUGCAGAUCAGAUUCGUUGGUUUCCAACAUGUGCAGUCCGGGGAGCAUAUGGCUGCCAUGGGCGUGUUUUUCUUGAUGCAGGUGUUUUACUUUUUAGACUGGGUGAAAUAUUUACUGAAUGAUCCUAAACAAUUUCAUGCCUUUCUGAGAAUUACUUUAACUUGUGCCAUAAGUGUGGGUGCUCUCGCUCUUGGAGUUGGGACGGCAUCUGGUUAUAUCUCUCCAUGGACUGGCCGCUUUUAUUCCUUGCUUGAUCCAACUUAUGCUAAGGACCACAUACCCAUCAUUGCAUCUGUUUCAGAGCAUCAACCAACAGCGUGGUCAUCUUUCAUGUUUGAUUUCCAUAUUCUCUUGUUUCUAUUUCCAGCUGGCCUGUACUUCUGCUUUAAGCGAUUGUCAGAUGCAACAAUAUUUCUAGUCAUGUAUGGUCUUACUAGCAUGUAUUUUGCUGGUGUGAUGGUUCGAUUAAUUCUUGUUGCUACACCUGCUGUUUGCCUCAUCAGCGCUAUUGCAAUAUCUGCGACCAUAAAAAAUCUCACAUCUCUACUACGCACAAAGAGUAAGGCGUUACAGUCAAGUGUCAGUAAAGGAGCAGCUAGUCUGAAGGCAUCAGCUAAGGCUUCAUUUGACCAGGCUCUGCCCUUCCAAAAAAAUGGAGCUAUUGCUUUGCUCUUUGGCGCCUUUUAUCUACUCAGUAGAUAUGCCAUACAUUGUACUUGGGUCACAUCUGAGGCUUAUUCAUCUCCUUCUAUAGUCUUAGCUGCACGAGGUGCUCAUGGUGGCAGGGUAAUUUUUGAUGACUACCGUGAAGCAUACUUCUGGCUUCGUCAAAAUACCCCUCAGGAUGCCAAAAUCAUGUCAUGGUGGGACUAUGGUUACCAAAUUACUGCCAUGGGAAAUAGAACAGUGAUUGUUGACAAUAAUACUUGGAACAAUACACAUAUUGCCACUGUUGGCCGUGCCAUGUCAUCAUAUGAAGAUGAGGCUUAUGAGAUAAUGCAGUCACUUGAUGUGGAUUAUGUCCUUGUUGUGUUUGGAGGUGUUACUGGUUAUUCUUCUGAUGAUAUCAAUAAAUUUCUGUGGAUGGUGCGUAUUGGCGGUGGAGUUUUCCCAGUGAUAAAGGAACCUGAUUAUCUUGUUAAUGGUGAAUAUCGUGUUGAUAAGGGGGCGGCACCAAAAAUGUUGAAUUGCCUUAUGUACAAGCUUUCUUACUAUCGCUUUGGUGAGCUGACAACAGAAUAUGGGAAGCCACCUGGAUAUGACCGUGCAAGAGGAGUCGAAAUUGGUAAUAAAGAUGUGAAGCUUGAAUACUUGGAGGAGGCCUUUACAACAUCAAAUUGGAUUGUUCGUAUCUACAAAGUUAAGCCUCCAAAGAACCGUUGGUGAACAAUCGUUUAAUAAGAGCCUGCAUUUCUGGGGGACAGUAUCUGAGAGAUGUUGCGAGGCUAAUUUGGUGCAAAAUGCAAUCACUUAUAUUUGAUAAAGAGGAAUCUGAUAGUAGUUGUGGUCUUAGGUCAGGCUGGUUCAGUAAUUAAACUUUAGUUGCUUGAGGACCGAUUUUCCAGAGCGGCUGGCAUGAUCUUUUUGUUUAGAAUGCUAGAAUGCUAUUGCAUGGCUUAUACCUAAGUUAUGCUCUUUCUUGGGGUAUGCUUUUAGUGCAAAUUAGCGAAAUUGUAUCACUGUGACAGUUAAAUACAAGCAUGUUUCCUUCUUUCAAAA